UCAUUUCCGUCUCAGGGCUAUUCGUUUCUGUGAUUACAGAGAGAGAGAGAGGAUGAAAGCAGCAGCGAAGGUGAUUUUCCUUUGCAGAGACAGCGAUGGCUUCGGCCCUGCUAUCUACGACGCUCUCCAACCAAACCCUAAUUCCUCUCUCCAAAGAACCGAAUCCUCGUUCGAUCUGUCGUUGGAGCGUUAUGGAAUAACGGAUGCGAAGGCGUCGGGCGAGAUUGUAAAUUUCAUCGAUUCUCAGGGGUUGUCUCAGGUGUCCAUAGUGCUUCUGCAAAACUAUGAGCCGCCAGUUGCUGCUUAUGCCGUUAAUGGAGUUUUGGCAUCUAUCAUUGGAGAAAAUUCCUCAGAUUUACCUACAAUUGUACUCCCAUUAAUUGUGGCUGCACAAAAACUAAGGCGUGAAAUGACAAAUUUAACACAGGCUGACCGAAAAAUUACAGUUUAUGGUGCCCAGAUAGGCCCAAAAACGGACUUCACUGAGGCUGUGGUUUCUGGAAUCCAAGAAGCACCACCAUCAUUGCAGGUUGCUUGUGAGACUCUGGCCUGCUUACUGGAGUUGGUCUGUGUCUUGGGGCUCCCGACCGCUGUUCUCGUUGGAUCAAGUGGUCAACGCCAAGCUGAAGGAACUACAGAUCAAGAGCUUGAGGCACUGUACGAGCUGGGAGAGUUCUUGGCAGGCAAGUUGGGAUUGUGCUUCUCUAGAGACAGGAUCCACUGGAAUCUGAAAGAGAAAUCAAAGGGUACCCAAGAGCCAUGGCGUGCAUUAUAUGGCUGACGUUUCAACUGAUGGAAGCAAGAAAGGGGUGAGAUGCUGACACUUUGACGGUUCACGUUGUGGAUGAUUUUACAUGCUGACCCAUUUGAUGGCGACUUGUGUAGUGGAUAAUUUCUCUGGAAAAAAGGUUGCACCACAAUGCCUACAAAUUGACAUGCAUGAAAUCAUUCGUCUUAAUACAUGAUGGUAUGUACAUCGUUUUUUGACUCA